GAGAAGGACCGAGGCGAUCAGCGGGACAGGGAGAGGGACGGUCGCGGAGCUCUCAGGGCGGCGACACCGGCCGCAAGACGGAGUGCGCGCGGCAAUCGGGGCCCGUGCUGCGCGCCGCGGGGCGGACGCCGGUCCCCCCGAGGCGGCGCUGGGUCCCGCCAUCCUCGCUGCGGCACCAAGAUGUGUCCGACAGCGACGCCAAACACGACGUCAUCUUUAGAAAGGUGCGCGGCAUCCUCAAUAAGCUGACGCCGGAGAAGUUCCAGAAGCUGAGCGAUGACCUGCUGGCGCUGGAGCUGGACUCAGACAAGGUGCUGAAGGGCGUCAUCCUCCUCAUCUUCGAGAAGGCGCUGGACGAGCCCAAGUACUCGUCCAUGUACGCGCAGCUGUGCAAGCGGCUCAGCGAGGAGGCGCCCAACUUCGAGCCGCCCGGCCAACCCUGCACCUUCAAGCUGCUGCUGCUCAACAAGUGCCGCACCGAGUUCGAGAACCGGGCGCAGGCUUUCGCGGCGUACGAGGACAAGAUACUCACACCCGAAGAGGAGGAGAAGAGGCACCUCGCCAAGUGCAAGAUGCUCGGCAACAUCAAGUUCAUCGGCGAGCUGGGCAAGCUGGAGAUCCUGGCAGAGUCCAUCCUGCACCGCUGCAUCCAGAAUCUGCUGACCCGCCGCGCCGCCGCCGACCACCACGAGGACCUCGAGUGCCUCGCCCAGCUCGUGCGCACCUGCGGCCGCGUACUCGACUCCGAGCGCGGCCGCGGCCUCAUGGACCAGUACUUCGCGCGCAUCGAGACGCUGUCCGCCUCGCGCGACCUUGCGCCGCGCAUCCGCUUCAUGCUGCGCGAUGUCGCCGAGCUGCGGCGCGGCGGGUGGGUGCCGCGCGCCGCCACCGCCGGCGAGGGGCCCGUGCCCAUGCAGCAGCUGCGCGACGAGCCGCCGCCGCGCCGCGACACGCUGUUCCGCUCGCGCCCGCGCCCGCUCGACGACGUGCUGGCCGGCCUCACGCUGCAGCCCUCGGCGCUGCUGCCGCCCUCCGACAAGCUGUUCGGCAACGGCCUGGGGCCGCGCGACGCCUUCCGCCAGCGCGGCUCGCCCGGCUACAUGGCGUCGCACCAGCACCAGCACCAGCACUCGCGCUCCCACUACAAGCAGCAGCACGCGCCCGCCAACGGAGCCAAGGAGGGGCGCGGCAAGCGCGUGACGGUGUCGGCGGGCGGACUGCAGGACGUGCAGAUGCGGCCCGCCGCCAACUCGCUCAUGUUCAAUGCCAACCGUCUGUCGCGCUCGUCCGCAGCGCAACCCCCGCUCGCGCCGCAGACCGUGCUGGCGCCGGCCUUCGCCAGUGCGGCGCCGCUCAUCAAGGAGCCCGCCAUUACGAUCAAACCCGCGCCCGACAAAAAGGACAAACCUAAAAAGGACAAGGGCGUCAGCAAGGAGGAGGCGUGCCGCCUAGCGGUGGAGGCGACGGAGACACUGGCAGCGAACGCAGACGCCGAGGGCGAGGAGCCGGCGCCCCUGCGGCAGCUACGAGACCUACAGCCGCCGGACAAGAUCCUGCGGCGCGCCAUCGCCGCGGCGCUCGAGCGUGCGCUCGCCGGCGACGAGGAGGGCGACGCCGCAGCCCGACUAGCGGCGGCCGCGUGCCGCGUCGUAGCCGCCAUCAAGCGGGCGCCCACGGGCGAGGCGCUGAAAGCGCUCCUGACGCGGCACCCGCACCCGCGCCUCGCCACUCUGCUGGCGCACGCCGUUGCGGCGCGCCUCGUCACGCUGGCGGAGGCGGGCGGCUGGUGCGAGGGCGCCGCGCGCGACCUACUGCUGGACCUGCUCUCCGCGCUGCGCGACGUCGUCGGCCUCGAACGCCUCCAGCAGAUGUACAGCGAGAGCAAACUGAACUUGUGCGCGCACGUGGGCGACGGCGGCGCGGACGAGGGAGGCGCGGAGGGCGGCGCGGCGGCGGCGCUGGCGCUGCUGGAGGAGCGCGGGCUGGCGGCGCUCGUGCCGCAGCUGCGGGUGCGGGCGGCGCUGGCGCGGCAGCUGGCCGCCGAGCCGCAGCCGCAGGCGCUCUACCGCUGGAUCAAGGCGAACGUCGACGCCGCCGUGCAGGGCGACGCGGCGUUCGUGUCCGCGCUGGUGGCGCUGGUUGCCGAGCACGUGACGGCGACGGCGGGCGGCGCCGCACCCGCGCCGGACAAGGCCGUGCUGGAGCGCGAGAAGGCGCUGGCGGAGGCGUACGCGCCGCUGCUGUCGGUGCUGCUGCAGGGUCGCGCCGACCUGCAGCUCGCGGCCGUGUACGCCGUGCAGCUGCUGGCCCACCGCCACCGCUACCCCAAGGGCAUGCUGCUCCGCUGGUUCAUGUACCUGUACAACCUCGAGGUCUGCGAGGAGGAGGCGUUCCUGACCUGGCGCGAGGACGUCACCGACGCGUACCCCGGCAAGGGGGAGGCGCUGUUUCAGGUGAACGCGUGGCUGACGUGGCUGCAGCAGCAGGAGUCCGAGGAGGAGGAGGUGGAGGAGUGAGCUGCCCCCGCCCCCGCCCCGCCGUGCCCCUCCGAGUCGCCGUUUCGUUUGCGCUCAUCUCAUAACUAUUAAGCCGAUUAGUUGAAACUACCCACUUUCUGUUGUCGUUUAACUCUGGGCCGCCGCGCGCCGGCGUUAAAUAGGUCAAUUUUUAGGUUUAACAUGAACGAAUGUUAGUAUCUCGAGAUGAUUUUUUGUAGGCCUUUUACUCGAUUUUGAUACUUUUACAAUUGUAUACAAUGUAUAGUGUUCGGGAUGUAUGAUUGCACUCCGGUCUGUCCUUAUGUGUAUGAGCGUAUUUUAGUUUAAAUUGUAAAAUAUAUCUAUGAACGACUUAAAUCAAUUUUAUUAUAAUAAUAAUUAUCAUGAUCAUUUAUUUUCAAUAUUAGACAGAGUACGGACAUAGUGGUUUACUGUAAGAUUGCUUCGAUUUCAUCUAUGUUUAAAGAUUAGACACAGUCAGAUUUUAUAAAUGUAAAAAUGCUCCAAUGAUAUGUGAAGGUCGCGCGUCGGUGAGUGAAUCGUCAUAGAGUCUCGAAGGGAACUCUAGCAUCAGCCAAUAACGGUCAAUAUGUAUUCAGGAUGAAAAUAAACUUCACUGUAAUUUAU